GAGGCUAACUAAAAUCUGGGCGAUAAAAUGCAGUACAGAAUAGAAUAGCGAAUAGGAGUAUUGAUAAAUAUAUAAAUCUGUUUAUGACGAAAUUUACAGUGUUGACGAUAACCAGAGGUGUCAAAAGUACACAUAUUCCUUUCUACAGUUUAGACACCUCUCUUUAAAAAUAAUCGAAUAAAGGUAUAAGUAUUGACUUAUACCUUUAUUCAGCUCUAAAAUAUAAUUUAUGUACAAAAUUUUGAAGUAAACUUGCGUCCGAAGCACGCGGGCGGGGGACUGAUUUACAAAUGUACGGAUUACAAAGUACAGAUACGCGUGCUAAAAUGUGAGAAGUAGAAGUAUAAAGAAGUAUACAGUAGGCACAAAAAAGUACAGCAGUAAAGUAAAGAUACCAGAAAAUUCUACUUAAGUACAGUAUUGAAGUAUUUGUACUUCGUUAUUUUGCAUCUCUGACGCCAACAAUAAAUCAUAUUCUAAUGCAAAAUGUGUUGUUUUUCUUCUUCUCGCCCACAGAAGCCCUUAAUCCAGCUCUCUUACUUAAACCAGGGCCAGGAAAACACAUAGCUGUGUGCUUCUCUGCCAUGAAGCACGAUGAAAAAAAAAAAUUAAAAUAAGAACGAAUGUUGUUGUAACGCAAAAAAGUGGCAACAUGAUCAGUGUAAGCAAACUAGACGAUUCCUAGAAUUAUGAAAUUACUAACGGCAAAUUUAUUUAAGAAAGAGUCUGUCCCAACCUUUGCGAUCCACUUGCAAGUCUUCCACGGUAUCCAUGCGUGUUUCUGGAUACUGUGGAGGUCACGUGUUUCCGGUUGGUGUGGAGGUCACGUGCUUCCGGCUACUGUGGAGGUAAUAUGGCGCUCCCCAGUGGCUGCAGCCAGACCCUUCUCGCUGUUUGUGCUGCUAGCAUCACGAACAGCUGUUUGUGCUGCUAGCGCCUGUAGCAGGCGGAGGUUACUGAAACCAUCAGUCCAGACAGUGUCGCUAAAGCAAGAGCUGAUGGAACUCGUUAUGCUGUUAGAUCAACUUUCUUCACAUUAAACAUGCAUCACAGAAGCUUCCCAUUUCUAACUUUAUCUAAACACCUGCAACAAAUACAACAUCAUAGUCAUAGCAGCCAAUCAGGGAGCAGUAAAAGGCUGACAAGUUAUAGAGACACAGCUCUCUGAUUGGCUGACCUCCAGACACACCUGCUGCUGCUCUUAGCAUCAGCAUCCUCUAAAGAACAUGACUGUGGGGAGCAUGGGCUGCUGAUGGAGCCAAGUCAGGGUUCCUGUGAUGCUCCUGUGCAGCAUGCUGUCCAUGUGCAGUUCAAACACAAAGUUUAGAAGUCCUGAUUGGCUGUCCAAGCAAGAAGUUACUCACAAACAGAUGCAGCUAAGAGGCCUGUACCAGGAAGACGACCAACAGCGUCGGAGUGUCCUCACAGGCCGAGAACUGGCUGGAGGCGGAGUCAGAGUGUAGCAGGAGGGACUUCCUCUGAGCCGAGGGCAAUAUGCUGCUGACUUCCUGCUCUGACGCCUGUGGUCUCAAUCUGCUCUGGUGCCUCCUGAUCGUACUCAAAGCCCUGCCAGCAGCUCUCGGGGGUGACUUGUCUGAACCAUGUGGUGGGCGGGACUGCUCCACCUGUCAGUGUUUCCCAGCCAAGGGAGCAAGGGGUGCUCCUGGUUCUCUGGGUCUGCAGGGCCCUAACGGACCCAUGGCUUCCCGGGUCCUCAGGGGCCUCCAGGAGAGAAAGGCCAGAGAGGAGAUGAGGGGCCAACAGGAGCUGCAGGCCUGAAAGGACAUAUGGGAUCUCUUGGUGUUCCUGGUUUUCCAGGUUUGGAUGGAGUUCCGGGACACCCGGGACCUGCUGGAGGUCCAGGACGUCCAGGUCUGGAUGGAUGUAAUGGAACUAGAGGAGACAAGGGGAAAGCUGGCCUUCCGGGAGAACAAGGACGUGACGGAGAACUGGGUUUUCCAGGACCGAAAGGAUAUCCAGGAGAUCAGGCGGUGUACUUCAUACGUUACCCUGGAGUGACUGGAGAUGCUGGGCCCAGUGGAUGUCCUGGUCUGCAGGGUGAGCAGGGCUUCUCGGGAUCGAAGGGAGCAACGGGUUCUCCAGGACCGAAAGGCCAAGACGGUGUACCUGGAAGCCCGGGUUCUCGAGGUUCACCCGGGGAAAGAGGUCGAUCUCUACCUGGACAGAAAGGAGACGAGGGGGAUCAGGGUUUGCAGGGACGUCCAGGGCCGUUUGAGUAUGUUGACCCUCCCGAAGACCUCUACAUCAAAGGAGACAAAGGCUCCCGGGGAGUUAAAGGAGUCUGUGGAAUUGACGGACUGCGGUAG